UAAAUAGAUGAUUCUUAAUAGGCAGCUGGACCAUUAAUUGUGGAUGGGUAGGCAUGUCAGUGUUGGUAGGUGUUUUACUUGGAACUACCCUACCUGCUAUGUUUUGUGUUGUGAGUUUUGGAACUUGAGGUUACAAUGAAAAAAGUUUUUUUUUGCAAUUUGAGAAUUUGAGCUUACACACACAGUUAUGGGUUUGGAGUAAGACAGUUCCUUGGUUUCCGGUCUUACCUUUUUGUACUAGGUUGUGGCCUGCAAUGCUUUACACUUGCUGUCUACACAAGCUACAAAAGAUGAAUGUCAAUGACAUUUAUCGCAUUUGCAAGAAGACACGCAAAAUGGCAUUCUAUCUACAUUCUAAUUCAUUGCUCUUCCACAUUUCACCUUACUACAUCACGUUGAAUGUUGUUGAUAUGUUGUUAGAUGUUAUGUUUUUAUCUCCGUGUUAGUACUUCAUACCCAGUGUGUUUUGUAUUGUAAUGUCCUGUUAAUUGUCUGUAGUCUGUGGAGAAGGCGUUCAAGUAGGAAUUUCAUUGUACAUAUGACAAAAAAUGUAACCUUGAAAACCAUCCAGCAAGCUGGAAAAGCCUUGGAAAGUCUUCUAAUUGUAUGUAUUAUAUAUACGCAAUUACGAAGACAAGAAAAUGAAGCAUGCUAACUUAGCUAAGGCUAACAGCAUUCUAGGUGCCUAACAGGAACCACAAGUCAAAGUGUGAAAUGAAAGUAUUUCUUGUGGUUGGUAUUUAGUGUCAAGCAGAGACAGGCUGUCAGGCCAGGUCAGCAUGCAAGCCUGGUGCUACAGAUGGUUGAAAACGAGUCAACUGCCACCCAAAUUAAUAAUGGGGAGGAAACCGUUUAACAUUCACCUUGUUUAAUCUACAAUUAAGCCUCAAGCCAGGUGUCUAAAUUUGAUUUAUUACUUCUAACAAAGUUAACAAGUAUAGUGGGCUUUGCUGGAACACUUACAUUCUGGACUGAAAUUUAGUCAAUCCUACAGAAUUAGGAAUAACUGCAGAAAACACAAAUUUGUCUUUUUCUGAGGAUAAGCAAUUUUUAUGUUCCACCACAGACACUAAAAUUCACACGUUAUAUGUUUACGAGCCACUUCUUUUUUAAACUGCCAUUAAGUUUUUAUUGGAGUAAUAUUGUGUGGACACCUGCACCAAAGGUAAUUGCUUGUACACGUGGUACUGUGCAAAUAAUAAUAAAGAUUCUGAUUAUGAUUUUGAAGAUGCUGUACACAGAGGAACACAACAGUUUUCUUGCCUCUGAAACUUUUUCUGUUUUCAAUAUCUUCUGGCCAAAAAAAAAAAAAAUCUAAUGGUACUUUACUACCAACUGUACUAUAAACAGGUAGACCAGAAAUGCUGGAGCAGCUGCUUUUUGAAAUGGAAAUAAAUCACAGCGCUAAGUGCAAGUAGCCCAUUUAAGGCUAAUUUUGCAUUGUUUAUUUUCAGGAGACGCUUGUUUGCUUGCUCACGCUGUAGCCUAAUUGCUCUUCUCUAUAUGCGUCUCUAACGAUGUACUUCACACUGUACUAAAUGAGUUCAUGUAUGCGUGAAGUGUUUCUGCUGUGUUAAUCUGUAUCGGCAUUGGGUGCUGUUAGUUUACGGCCACGGGUAAGGCUCCACCCAUCCUGCAGUCUCUGUUAUGUUUUCUCACCAGGUUUGUGUGCUCCAUGACUCAAAUUACUGUGUACAAAUUAGGUGUACCCCCCCACCACCACCUAUGUGCACUUGGUGUCUGCACAGCCAAGAGAAAAUUAGCAGCAAGGGCAGGAAACGCUAGGGAAAACUCUGGCAGCCUACACUGCACUGUUGCACACGAUCUACACCAGACAUGGAGAGCGGAUCAGUACCACUGCUGGCAGGAUCGCUGGGACGUCCUUUAGCAGCCGGGUCAGCAGCUGUGCAUGCUUGUAAACAAGUGCAUCGGAAAUCCCCACCCCCAUCCCCAUCCCCACCCCAAGUCGCUCUUGUGUGAGCAGAUGUACACAGCUAUAGAGAACAUGUGUGGGCCUUGAAUGGUUUCGUUAGCGUUGGGACUUUGUAUCUUCAUUUCCUGCCUGUUUUCAGGGUCAGGGUCAAAGCUAAGGAGUGUAGAUGAUCACCAGACCACAAUACAGCUGACCCUGAGUCAUUGACGGCUAUUUUGCGUACACUGUUGUUUGUCCUCUCAUUGUAUCAGUUUGAUUUGUAUGUCUUGCAGGCUCUUUGUAUCUGAAUUUUUACUUGAAUGCUGACUAAUGACAGAGCCAGGAAAUUUUCAUUUGUCCUGAGUGUGUUACAGGGUCCUGAAGGAAAAGCUUUCAACAAAUAUUUUAACAUCCAUCCAUCCAUCCAUCCAUUAUACCACUUAUUCUAUGUAAGGUUGUGGAAAUGACUGAAUGUGUUAAUGCAGGCAGUGUGUUUGUGGUAUUUGCCUGGACAGUACUGGAGGAAGGACCAGUUUAGUCCCAGUUAGCAGAGUGCUGGAGUAACAGUGACCUUGCUUGUGACUGAUUAAUGACCAUCUUCCCUCCUUUCUUUGGCACGGUGGUUUUUGGCCCCAUGCUGUGCACUAGUACCCUUGCUUGAGAGAUGCUGUGAGAUAUGCGAUAUUCAUCAGUAUAAUUUAAUCAUAUUGGAUGGAGAAUGAGAUUCAAUUAAGAUUUUCGUAUUGUCGGUUUUGCAGGCCUGUGUAGAAUAGAACGCAUAAUUAAGCUGCACGAGCACUAACUAUCUGCCUGUGUGCCUACAUUUUUGUCCUUAGACUAUUCCUCUUCCGAGAAAGCAAUUACAGGCAUAAUGUGGGUGUUCCUGGUUUACUAAUUUAAUCUUCUCUUAACAAUGCACUCAGGCAUUGUAUUUGUGCAUUAGCGCCAAAAUAGCCCAUCGUCUGUGCCAGUAUCCAAUUUCUUAGCAUGUUGCUUCCUUGCGUGCUUGCAAACACACAGUGGAUUUGUCACUGUGUUCACUGGAGACAGUUUCGAUUAUUCUUUUGAGAACUGUAGCAGGUAUGCACUGUGUAUAUUGACACUGGUUUCUGCUGGGGAGUAGCCAGUUGGCCCUUUGAGUUGAGACCCUUGGGGAGCAUCUUUUGAGUAGAAUAUCCUUUCACCUGUGAGAACACUGUUCACAGAAAUGGUUUCAAUGUCGCCUCAGGUUAUCUAACGUUCAUGGAAUGCUUGAAUAAGUACAUAAGAUAAUGAUUAGAUUACCUUAAAACUGACCAGUGAAUACCCUUCGUGAAAGUAGUGCAAAUCCCCUUGAGGUCAGCAAAUCACUCAUUUCUGCCAAAAUGACUAGUUAGUGACCUACUGGUAUUGUAUAGUUGCUGGAGGAUUAUUUUCCCAUUUGUAAUUCUGUGUUCACAGGAGCAGUUCUGACAUACUUUUCCUAGACUGAGUGCACCUUUGGUGCCUUUUAGUUAUUUCUGUUCUGUAUUAAUAAGUGAAUAACGAAUCGCAAAGCAGGUUUUUGGAGCACAGUUUCUUUUAUGGAAGGAAUCCAGAGCAGAACGUUUUGUGGUGGCACCAUCCCUGGCAUGAUGCUGCGUCCUGUCUGCCCCCAGGGCUUUUGGAAGACCUUCCAGACUGUAGCACUGGUUUCCUGCUGAUUUGUCCAUGGGAGAAAAAGACGAGCUGAUAAGCAUCCGGCGCAGGAAAAAGGAACUAUUGGAUGACAUUGAGCGGUUGAAGUUUGAAAUUGCUGAAGUUAUGAGUGAAAUCGAACAGCUAACAAGUGUGGGUGAGAGCAAAACAUCGCAGAGAAAUAAGCAAAUUGCCAUGGGAAGGAAGAAGUUUAACAUGGACCCUAAAAAGGGAAUUCAGUUCCUCCUGGAGAAUGAGCUGCUACUACACACACCAGAGAGCAUCGCUCAGUUCCUCUAUAAGGGGGAGGGUCUCAACAAGACUGUCAUUGGCGAGUACCUGGGGGAGAGGGAUGAUUUUAACAUCAAGGUCCUCCAGGCGUUUGUGGAGCUUCAUGAGUUUGCAGACCUGACCUUGGUGCAGGCUUUGAGGCAGUUCCUGUGGAGUUUCCGACUGCCUGGAGAGGCGCAGAAGAUCGACCGCAUGAUGGAGGCCUUUGCAUCACGUUACUGCCAGUGCAACCCGGGGGUCUUCCAGUCCACAGACACCUGCUACGUACUCUCCUUUGCCAUCAUCAUGCUGAACACCAGCCUCCACAACCCCAAUGUGCGUGACAAGCCGCCGCUGGAGAGGUUCAUCUCCAUGAACAGGGGCAUCAACAAUGGUGGGGACCUCCCCGAGGAGCUGCUCAGGAAUUUGUAUGAAAGCAUUAAAAAUGAGCCUUUUAAAAUCCCAGAGGACGAUGGGAACGAUCUGACGCACACCUUCUUCAACCCGGACCGAGAAGGCUGGCUGCUGAAGCUAGGUGGCCGUGUGAAAACUUGGAAGCGAAGAUGGUUCAUUUUGACUGACAGCUGCCUGUAUUACUUUGAAUACACAACAGAUAAGGAGCCACGUGGCAUCAUUCCACUGGAGAAUCUCAGCAUCAGGGAGGUGGAGGAGCCCAGGAAGCCCAACUGCUUCGAGCUGUAUAACCCCAAUCACAAGGGCCAGGUGAUCAAGGCCUGUAAGACUGAAGCGGACGGCCGUGUCGUGGAGGGUAACCAUGUGGUCUACAGGAUCUCCGCCCCUACGCCGGAAGAGAAGGAAGAGUGGAUCAAGUCCAUCAAGGCCAGUGUCAGCAGGGAUCCCUUCUAUGACAUGCUGGCAGCCAGGAAGCGACGCAUAGCCAGUAAGAAGUGAGCGAGCACCCUGCACAGCUGCGAUUCCCAGCGCGCUGGCCGUAGCUGGGCCACCAGGGGGCACUGUGGGACCAGCCUCGUGGGCUCAGCAGAAGGCCAGCAGGGAUGGUGGGAUACCCCAUGCGGAUCAUAAGGAGCCCCACCCACGCAGUACUCCUCAUCGUUUCGGUAGCCGGUUUCUCUGUGUUUGUUCGUCUGCUGAUCCAAUCACCUGAGUGGAAUGGCCGUGCUGACCGAGAUGCACUCGAGAUGAAAGCCGUCCUCUACUAAACGCACAAUUGCAUAUAGGAAAUCAUGGAUGGAUGUUUAAUGUUUCCACGAAAACGUUCUGGAUGGAAGCAUCAGCAUGGAACACUGGGUGUUGAAUGAAGAAUGAAGAGGCAUUAAAAGCCGUGGUUUGGCAGAGCGUGUUCUGUUCUCGUUGUCUGGUACCUGUACAACCCAUCACCAUCGGCCGUCUUAUGAAUAGUAGAUUCGAGACACACAUCAAUAAUCAGUGACAGCGAUUGACUUCAGAAGACUUUAAUGUCAACAAGCAGCUUACAAUCGACCCGACUGAUGCCAGGUCACAUUUUCUGAGGUCAAGAGAAUGAGAUACUGAACAGUGGUGGGAUGUUCUGUCACCUCAUGCUUUCCCAGUGUACAGAGGGUGUGUUGGUGUGACCCUCCCCAGUGUCUGUCUCCAUGCACGCUUUCAUUCCAUCGGCGGCCGUCCACUUGAGUUCCCAGAACCCACCGCGGUCCAAAUCCGUCGAAUACUUGAUAUUUACUUUGUGCAGUUGCUAAAUUCUAUUGUAAACUUUUUCAUUUUCUUUAAGUUAUGUGUAAAUGAUGUAUAGGUAUUUCUGGUGUGUAAGUUAAAGGUAAUGCCCAUAUUUAUAGAAAUUGCUUGGUAUGGGAUUCUGAAGAUUGUGGUGGUGAGCAGCUGACGCAGAAACCAAACAAUUUACACGUGGCUGUAUCAUGAGGCCCUGAGCAUGUGCAUAGUGAUUUUCAUGUGCCUUCUGGGGGGGGGGUUACCCGGGUGCAGCUAUGUAUGUACACAAAGAAUAUGGAGACCAUCCGACGUGAUUGUUAAAUAUUACAUGAACCUCAUUAAAAUGCACUUAUUUG